AUGGGUAGACGUCCGGCGCGGUGCUACCGCUACAUCAAGAACAAGCCAUAUCCGAAAUCGAGAUUCUGUAGAGGAGUCCCAGACGCCAAGAUCAGAAUUUUCGAUUUGGGAAAGAAGAAGGCUAAUGUCGAUGAGUUCCCAGCAUGCGUGCACAUGAUGUCGAACGAACGUGAGCAUCUUUCCUCAGAAGCUCUUGAAGCUGCUCGUAUUUGCUCCAACAAAUACAUGGUUAAGAACUGCGGAAAGGACGGUUUCCAUCUCCGUGUUCGUAAACAUCCAUUCCACGUUACCCGUAUCAACAAAAUGCUUUCAUGUGCCGGCGCUGAUCGUCUUCAGACUGGAAUGCGUGGAGCUUAUGGAAAACCACAAGGAUUGGUUGCCCGUGUUGAUAUUGGUGACAUUCUUUUCUCCAUGAGAGUGAAAGAAGCCAAUGUGAAGCACGCUAUCGAGUCAUUCCGUCGUGCUAAGUUCAAGUUCCCAGGACGUCAAAUCAUUGUUGUUUCCCGCAAGUGGGGAUUCACCCGAUGGGACAAGGAGGAUUACGAGCGCAUGCGCGCCGAAGGAAGACUCCGAUCCGAUGGUGUUGGAGUUCAGCUCCAGCGUGAGCAUGGACCACUCACUAAAUGGAUUGACAACCCAAUCUAA